AUGCAGUUCUCCACCGUUCUAUCCAUCGCCACCGCCGUCGCCCUGGUCGCCGCGGGCCCGCUCGACAAGCGGGUGAACUGCAAGAACAUCGUCCCUGCCUGCAACGGGGGCUAUAUUAUCGGACGCACCAACCGCCUGUGCGACGGCCAGAAGAGCGUCGACAAGGACGUCAAGGGCGUCUGCGACAAGUGGAUCUGCCCCGACGACAGCCGCUUCCUGGUCUGUGGCGGCGAGCGCACCGGCUGCGCGUUCCAGUAG